GUUCGAUGAUAUCAACCUCCGGAUGUUGCUUUUCCUGCUAUGGGCAUCCUUUGGCGGAUCCAUGGGUGAGCGCUGUCCUUGCAAAUCAUGCAGAGGUCCCAUGCAUGAUGAUCCUGGUGCCAAGGCAGAGCGCCGUCGGGAGUCUCUUCGGUACUCGCCUUACGCUUGAACCGCGCCACUUGUGCGACGAGCAUGAUCAGAAACUUACUCGGAUCGUUCACAGUCUGGUUGUGAUUACCAUUGGAGUGAACUGUUUUGAAUGUCCGACGUACACUGACAGGUGGGGUCCUAGCGAGGGAUUCGCCUCACUGAGGAAUGGAUUUGCGGUGCUCGGUCACGGCGGCACGAUCGUCAUCCCGUUGUCCAUCGCAGGCGUGAGCUUUGAAUAUAAACCCGCGGAUACAGGCUAUCCUUUCAUCGAUGCCUAUCCUCGGGUCAACGUUUACUUAUCCAGACAUCUACACGGGACAGCGAAUCAGACCGGAUAGAAAUUGGUUCGAACCCCAAUUCUUUCGUUGGUUGUAAGGUCAUAUGGUGCUGAUCUGACUGAUGCUGGGAUGAAAUCCUUCUUCAGAUAUGAGUUUAUGAACAGCUGCAAUUGCAAUUGCGAUUGC